AUGCGUUUGUUUGUAAACCCUAAUACUACUGCCACUACUAACAAUAAAAAGCAGCAGCAGCAGCAGCAGCACUACCAGCACCAGCAGCACAAGCAGCAGCAGCAGCACAAGCAGCAACAGCAGCAGCAGCAGCAGCAGCAGCAGCAGCCGCACCACUACCAGCAUCAGCACCAGCAACAGCAGCACCAGCAGCACAAGCAGCACCAGCAGCACAAGCAGCAGCAGCAGCACAAGCAGCAACAGCAGCAGCAGCAGCAGCAGGAGGAGGAGGAGCAGGAGGAUAAGAAUGAAGAGGUAGGUGCAGAAGUACUUUGCCUACCAGAAGCAGCACCUGUCCCUACACCUGCUGCUGCUGCUGCUGCUGCUGCAGCAGCAUCUGCUGCUGCUGCUUCUGUAGCUGCUCCCACCGCUGCUGCACCAGCAGCAACCAGUUCAGCGGGAGCAGCAAAUACACCUGCUGCACCAACUUCACCCGCUGGUGCUGCUGCUCCUGCUGCUGCACCUACAGCAGCAGCAGCUGCAGCAGCAACACCACAUACGCAAACGAGGGAUCAAGCUGCUGCUGCUGCAGCAACUGCAGCGGCAGCAGGAGCAGCAGCAGGAACUGCAGCAGCAGGAGCAGCAGCAGCAGAACCUUUCUCCACCGCGGCUGCCCCUUCCGCUCCCACUGCUGCACAGCCAGAUACAGCAGCAGCAGGAGCAGCAGCAGCAGAAAGCAACGCACCUGCAGCAGCAGAAGCAACACAAGCUGCAGGGGGUCCAGUCGGAGGCAUACAGCAGCAGCAGCAGCAGGAUCAGCAGCAGCAGCAGCAGCAGCAAGAUCCGCAGCAGCAACAGCCGCAGCAGCCGCAGCAGCAGCAGCAGCAGCAACAGCAGCAGGAGGCCCCACAGACUACCGAUUUGCUGCUCUCUAUUCGAUGCUCUCGCGAUGGGAAGUACGUGGUGAUGCCAGCAGAGCGAUCUGCAGGGGCUUUGAUUUCGGGUGUAUGUACACCUCAGAAGCUGUGGAUGAUUGUUCGAGAACAGAACAAUAAUAAACAUAUUUUACAAGAGAAUGAUAUUAUUAAAUUAGGCAGAUAUAAAUUAAGAGUUAAACAAAUCGUUAGCCAGGGUUAUAAACGAGAAGAUCAGCAAAACCCUCAAGAUAUCCCACCGCUCAAGCUUGAUGAAGGAGAGCCCCCAAUGUCUUUCGUUGCUGCUAACGACACGCAGUGUAGGAUAUGUUUAUUAGAAGGCAAUCAAGAAGGAGACCCUUUGAUAUCUCCUUGCGAUUGUAAAGGGUCGAUAAGGUUUGUACAUUUGCAGUGUAUACGUCAUUGGAUCAAAGGCAGGAUGAAUCUGCAUGCAGAUCAGCAUAAGCCGAUAUUUUUAAAGCAGCUUCUCUGCGAGCUAUGCAAGCUUCCUUACCCUGCCGCAAUCAAUUAUAAUAACGAACGCAUGCAAGUCGUCACCCUGCCUAAGACGGAACCGCCUUUUCUCGUCUUAGAAAAUAUGGUUGGGUCGCAUCAACGAGGAGUGCACAUCAUCAGCAUGAGCGCUAAAAAGGACCUCAAACUGGGGCGGGGGCAUGAGUCAGAUGUACGUAUCCCCGAUGUCUCUAUCUCGCGUUAUCAUGCGACAAUCCGUUUUAUAGACGGAGUAUUUUAUUUAGAAGAUAAUAAUUCUAAGUUCGGCACUCUUGUCUCUUUAAGAAAGGCUUUUCCUCUCACCGAAACAGUUGCUGCAGUGCAGAUAGGAAGGAGUGUAGUGAAGCUGUCUGUCUCCUCCCACCCAGCAGCAGAAGAAGCAGUUCAAGAGACAGCCGAACUGCCGCCUAUAGACUGCUUCCCGGAGGUUGCGGAUCGCUAUACUACGCAGCAAGGAACAGAGGGUGUAGACCAGCAGCAGCAGCAACAACAACAGCAGCACCAGCAGCAAGAGCAGCAGCAGCAGCAGCAGCGAGAAGCCCAGAGCCGAGCGCGCUUUGAACAGCAGCGACAGCAGCAGCGACAGCAGCGGCAGCAGCAGCAGCAGCAGCAGCAGCAUUUGCAGGAUCAGAUGGAUGAGCAUCUCUUUCAGCAGCAGCAGAGGGAGCUGCAGCAGCAAACAGCAGCAGACUUGCUACGCUAUCAAGAGCAGCGGCAGCUGCUGCAGCAGCAGCUAGAGAGACAUUCAAGCCCCUGGAUAAUGCAGCACUACAGCCAGCCUUCAGGUGUAUAUACACCCCGAAUAGGUUCUCCCUUCUCUUUGAUGCAGCUCGCAACUGCAUGCGAUCCUGCUGCUGCUGCAGCUGCAGCAGCAGCAGCAGCAGCAGCAACAGCAGCGGCACCCUUCCAUGGCAUCGUGGAGCAACAGCGGCUGCAGCAACAGCAGCUUCAACAGCAGCAGCAGCAGCAGCUACAUCAACUCCAGCAGCAACAUCAACAGCAGCAACUGCAGCAGCAGCAGAUGCAACAGCAGCAGCUGCAGCAGCAGUUGCAGCAGCAGCAACAUCAACAUGCUUGUAUUCCUGCUAUGGUCUCCUCGCCAGAUGUUUCAGCGCCAGGGGUGAAUUUGUUUCCUCCUGCUGCUGCUGCUGCAGCAGGAGCUGCAGCAGCAGCAGUAACAGCAGCAGCAGUAACAGCAGCAGCAACUGCUGCUCCCGGCGACUGCGACAGGAAGAGCCCAUCAGAAGCAGCAGCAGGAGAAUCUGCAGCAGCAGGAGGCAGCGCUCCCUCAGCAGCAGCAGCAGCAGCAGCAGCAGCAACUCCAGCAGCAGCAGCAGUUGCUCCAGCAGCAGCAGCAGCAAACGGCUGGGAGUUGGGAGAGAUGAGUUUGAGAGAGACAGAUAUGGAGAUAGAGACACUCAGAGGAGACAUGCUGUAG